CUUAUACAAUUCACAAAACCAUACACUCAAGAAAGAGAUGGAGAGAGUAAUGGAUCCAAUAUCCCACAAAAAUGUCCACCAUCUUCUACAGCAAAUUACUCAAUCUGCAUAUGAAAGCAUCAUUAUUCACAUCAAUCCCAUCUCUUUUCCUCUCAUCUUCCUCUUCCUCUUCCUCUUCUUUCUACUUUCACUCAAACUCUUAUCCACCAAAAACACCAAAGUUAACUUACCACCUUCACCACCACAGCUCCCAAUAAUUGGCAACCUUCACCAACUAGGCAGCCUUCCACACCGUUCACUGGCAUCUCUUGCAGAGAAAUAUGGCCCUCUAAUGCUCCUCAAACUAGGCCAAACCCCAACUCUCAUCGUCUCAUCAGCAAAACUAGCCAAAGAAGUAAUGAAGUCCUAUGACACCAUCUUCUCAAACAGAGCCCAAAACACAGCUGCAAAAUCCUUAACUUAUGGAUGCCAUGAUGUGGCCUUUGCUUCUUAUGGAGAGUACUGGAGACAGGCCAGAAAAUUGUGUGUUUUGGAGCUUCUAAGCACCAAAAGAGUGGAAUCUUUUCAACAUAUUAGAGAUGAAGAAGUUGCAAAGCUUGUGAAAAGGAUUGGUGGGGUUUCAUCGAGUGUGAUCAACCUCAACCAAGUUCUGAUAUCAACUUCAAACAAUAUAGUGGGGAGAUGUGUUUUGGGAGAGAAGUAUGUGAACGUAAAUGAUGAAUUUGGAGAAGUGACGAGGAAGGACAUGGAGUUGUUGUCGGGGUUUUGUGUUGGGGAUGCGUUUCCUUGGCUUGGAUGGAUUGAUGCGUUGAGGGGAUUUCAUGGACAACUCAAAGCUAGUUUUCAAACAUUGGAUAGGCUUUUUGAGAAAACGAUUGAAGAACAUAAUGAAAAAAUGAAGAGUGGUGAUCAUAAUGGAUCUUGUGAGAAGGAUUUUGUUGGGAUUAUGCUAAAGUUGCAACAACAAGACACUCUUGAUUAUCGUUUCACUAUAGAAGACUUCAAAGCAAUUUUGCUGGAUAUGUUUGUAGGUGGAACUGACACAACAGCAACAGGAUUGGAAUGGACAAUGGCAGAAUUGAUGAGAAAUCCAACAGCCAUGAAAAAAGUUCAAGAGGAGAUUAGAACAAUAGUUGGAGAGAAAACAAAGAUUGAAAUAAAAGACACACAAAAGAUGGAGUACAUGAAAUGUGUUAUAAAAGAAUCUCUAAGACUCCACCCACCAGUUCCUCUAUUGCUGCCAAGAGAAACAAUGGGAAGUGUCAACCUUGAAGGCUACCAUAUUCCACCAAAAACCAAGGUCUGGAUCAAUGCUUGGGCAAUUCAAAGAGACCCCAAAAUCUGGGAAAGCCCAAAUCAGUUCACUCCAGAGAGAUUCAUGCAUGAAAAGAAAUCAGUUGAUUUCAAAGGCCAUGACUUUGAGUUGAUUCCAUUUGGGAGUGGAAGAAGAAAGUGCAUUGGAAUGUCAUUUGGGAUUGCUUCUUUUGAAUAUGUAUUGGCCAAUCUUCUUUAUUGGUUUGAUUGGAAGCUCCCAGCUGGUGAGUUGUUGGAUAUGACUGAACAGCAUGGCCUCUCUGUUUUCAAUAAACAUUCUCUCAAACUCAUUCCAAUUCCAUAUUCUGUGUAAUUUUUGGUGUUUGAUCCUUAACUAUUAGGUAUUGAGUGAGUGAGUAUAAAUAAUAAUGUGUUUGUUAUAAUUAUGAAGUGAAUGAGCCUCUUUUAUAAGAGUUACCGUAUCGUUUGCUUAUGAAUGAUUGUAAAAUAUGUGUAGAAAAGUUGGGGGUUAUUUUUCACCUAUAUAUACCUUUGGGGAAUAAUUUUGGUCUUAUGGUGAAUAUAGUUGUUUCACUUAAUCAUUGUAUGUAGUUGGCCAGCAAU